UCGUCGUCCUGUUGAAUCCUCGGAAGAACAAACAGCAUCACAUCUUCAACAGCUCCAGGAAGGCGAUCACCACGUUAGCGUUUUCUCCCGAUGGGAAAUAUGUCGUCACAGGAGAGAGCGGUCACAUGCCGGCGGUUCGAGUCUGGGAGGUGUCUGAGCGUGUGCAGGUGGCGGAGCUGCAGGAACAUAAAUAUGGCGUUGCCUGUGUGGCGUUCUCUCCCAACGGGAAGUACAUCGUCAGCGUGGGCUACCAGCACGACAUGAUGGUCAACGUCUGGAACUGGAAGAAAAACGUGGUGGUUGCAGCCAACAAGGUGUCCAGUAAAGUGACCGCCGUCUCCUUCUCGGACGACAGCUCGUACUUUGUUACCGCCGGCAACCGCCACGUCAAGUUCUGGUACCUGGACCACUCCAAGACCUCCAAGGUGAACGCCACCGUCCCUCUGCUGGGGCGUUCAGGGCUGCUGGGAGAGCUCAGGAAUAACUUCUUCAGCGAUGUGGCGUGCGGGCGCGGUCGACAGGCCGCCUCCACCUUCUGCAUCACCUCCUCCGGUCUGCUGUGCGAGUUCAACGACCGGCGACUCCUCGACAAGUGGGUGGAGCUGCGGACGUCUCAGGCCACCUGUCUGACCGUCACAGACGAGUUGAUCUUCUGCGGUUGUUCUGAUGGGACGGUCCGGGCCUUCAGCCCCGUCAGCCUGCACUUCCUGUGCACCCUGCCUCGCCCACACAGUCUGGGAGCCGACAUCUCCUGUAUGGUAGACGCCAGUCAGCUGUUCUCCUGCCAGCCUGAGGCUCGUUACCCGGACACGGUGGCGGUGACCUACGACACGACCAACCGCUGGCUGUCGUGCGUCUACAACGACCACAGUGUUUAUGUGUGGGACGUCAGAGACCUCCGAGACCCCCGCAGGGCGGGAAAGCUGUACUCCGCCCUGUACCACUCCUCCUGUGUGUGGAGCCUGGAGGUGUACCCAGAGGGGGGAGGAGCAGGAGGAGGAGGAGGGGGAGGAGCAGGAGGAGGAGGAGGAGGAGCAGGAGGAGGCAGCGAGGUGCGCCUCGCACCCGGGUCGUUCCUGUCCUGCUCCUCAGACAACACCAUCCGACUGUGGAACAUUGACAGCAACGUCCAGAACAGGAACAUCCUGAGCCACGUACGAGAACCCACAUAUCCCGACACACCUGCACCCGUACACCUCACUUACCCCGACACACCUGCACCC